AUUUUUAUGUAUUGUUGGCGAUUGGCGAAUGGUGAUUUCUCUUAUUAUCCAGUAAAAUUAAUUAUAAAUUUGUUUCUAAAAGACUGAUUAGUGCAAAUUUAAUAAGGCUUGUGGUGUAUGAAACGUGUAUAAUUAUAGUUGAUUGGACAAAUAAAAAAAUAUAAUGAAAGUUAUCUGAAUCCUGAAAAUUGGUAAUCAUCUUAAAAAUUAAAAUGAGUAAGCAUAUGUAUUCUACUGCUAAUUUGACCGACAAAGAACUAAAGGAACAAGGAAAUCGACUCUUUAGCUUACGACGUUUCGAAGAUGCUAUGAAUUGUUAUACAAAAGCUAUUAUUAAAAAUCCUUCAGUUGCAACAUAUUUCACAAAUCGUGCACUAUGUCAUUUGAAGAUGAAGAGAUGGGAAGCUACUUGCCAGGACUGCCGUCGAGCACUUGACAUAGACAGCAACCAAGUAAAGGGCCAUUUCUUUCUUGGACAGGCUCUGGUUGAACUUGAUUGUUACGAUGAGGCUAUUAAACAUUUACAUAGAGCUAAUGAUUUAGCCAGGGAACAGAAAUUAAACUUUGGUGAUGAUAUAGCUGCUCAAAUAAGAAUUGCUAGAAAAAAGAGAUGGAAUGUUCAGGAAGAAAAGAGGAUAUCACAGGAGAUCGAACUACAGACAUAUUUGAAUAGGCUAAUUAAUGAAGAUUUACAGCGUAGAAUAGAAUCAAUAAAAUUAGAAAACAUAAAUGAGGAAGAUACUAAUUCUAAAAUAACAAAGGCUGAAGAAGAAUGUAAUAACUAUGGCAGCGAGUUAAAUAAUUUGUUUUCCAAAAUCGAUGAGCGGCGAAGGAAACGCGACGUACCGGAUUACCUAUGUGGCAAGAUCAGCUUUGAGAUUUUGAAUGAGCCUGUGAUUACGCCCAGCGGAAUCACAUACGAACGUAAAGAUAUUGAGGAACAUCUAGAGCGUGUUGGUCAUUUUGAUCCAGUGACCCGUGUGAAGUUAACUGCCGAUCAACUCAUACCUAACUUCACUAUGAAGGAGGUCGUCGAUGCUUUCCUGCAAGAGAACGAGUGGGCACUCGAUUACUAAUAUUGAAGUUUUACGUCGUAUGGUAAUGGAAUGAUUGAUCUCGUAUAAACUCGGAAUUUGUUUUAUUUUUAUUCAUUUCGUCAACAUAAUUACAUUAUGUAGUUUUAUUUUAUUUGGUAUCAUUGAAAAUAUGUCGAAUAUAAUUUCUGUAACAAGCCCGAUAAUAAUAACAAUAUAUUUCUGUCCUAUAAAAAAAUCUUGGACAAAUUAACUACGUACGGCGAUUUCUUAUUCUGAUUUCUAAUUCUAUUUUAGGUUCAUAAUAAAACAUAUUGAGCUAUUCAUGCAGCUGGUGAUCUAUCAUGUCACAUAAUAUUCAUAAAAUAAAUAGAUAAUUACAAGACGAUUUUAUGAUCUUAUUGCCAUCAAUCAUUUAUAAACAAGGAAUUUGUCUAAUUAGACAAUAUUCUUGGUCUAUGAAUGAUUAUCACAGCAUUUUGUUAAAUUAGGGGCCAGUUUAGUAGAUCACAUUUGACACGUCAUCGAAAUUUAAUAACCGACGUUGGGCAUAAUAUCUAAGUACGAAUUGCACAAUAUGUGUCCCAAAGAACCAACUGACGUUUCAAUGUUGCGGACCUAAAGCCAAAACUGACAGAUGUCAAAUGUUGUCUAUUAGCCCUACUGUAGACAGUGGGAUUUGUAAAUCUUUCUUAUGAAUAAAGGGGUUUUGUAAUAUAAAAAUUAAUUAGAUUAAAGAAUGUUGUAGAAAUUUAAUUUGUGUGACUCAAGUCUCAAAUAAUUCAAUAGAUGUUUGUGUAUAGGAUUUAUUCGAAGUCAUCUUAGACACAAAGGUUAAUUGUGUGUUUUAUAUAAGAUAGGGGUUAAACUGCAAUUACUUUAAUGAGGAUAAAUUAUAGAACAUUUUACAUUGAAAUACGCCUAUAGCUAUUUUACAUUUAGUGUAAUGUAAAAGUUUCGCCAAUGAAUUUUAACAUUAUAAAGGCUCUCAUAAGGCUGCAUCAGGCUAAUCUGAAAACCAGAAUUUUUUUGUAAUUGUUAAUUUUUCACACAUUACCUUAAUUGAUGAGAAAUUUAUCUGUCCCAAAAACGUGAGUGUAGUAGGUUAGGAUAUUUUACGAUAUUUCAAUAUGUGUAUGAUGUUAUUGAUAAUAAAAUUUAAAAAAUACGGUUUUCGUGAAACGAGGCGUUAUUUGUGUAUUUUUAUUUAUAAGGCAUAGUUUUCUCUCUUUUGCUAACAUAGAAGCAAUAACCUAUAUCUUUGAAAAUCAAGUUUUACCACGUUAUAAAAUAUUGUCAUUAUUUUUUACUUAUAAAAUUACUUUGUUCUAUAGUUUAAGUAUUCAAGUUUUAUUAUGGUCCCAACACACUUUAAUAAUACUCGGUCUUGUUAAAUAGUUCCUCUAAUGGAUUAGAGAAUCUAAGCAUUGGUGUCUGUUAAAAACAUUUUGAUUUUACUUACAGAAGAUAUACUUAUCGCUAAGUCACAACACAUCUAAGGGGUAGAACACGAUACACUCAGUCAUAUAACAUUAUGUUCAUGAACUCUAUAGUUUAUGAAUCUAAGGGUUAGAUUUAGAGCCGAGACUUGCCGCACAUUAUAUCUCUUAUUAUAUUUAACCUACGGAAGUCAGCUCAGUCUGUUUGCUUAGUCUUACCCUUGCAUGACAGCCGAAUAAUAUGACACUGUUUUAACUAUAUGAUCAUUAAUGUUAAAAUUGUCGUUAAUUGUGAAAUUUAAGUAAAAAUUAUAAGACGUGUAUAUACCGUAUUGAUGCAGUGUUGUAAGAUUGUUUUUGUUUCAUAUAAGAAUUGCGUUAUUCAGGAUCGUAUUAUAUUCUUAUCUAAAUCUUUAAUUAAUUAUAUCUAUAUGUACAAUUUAAUGCCUAUUAAGUGACUCAUGAAUAGGAAAGUGGAUUUUAAUUAAUUCAAUCUUUACUAAGGCUUAGAACUCGUAAUUAACGACUCUAAGUACCUGUGAUAGUUUAUUACAUUUAAGUUUAAUUGAAACUUGUCUUUAUAUAUGUGUGGGUAUAAUUUUCUUGCCUAUUACGUUAUACAUAGUUCUGUAAGUUGUGUUAUUAUGGUUAUUGUGUUUACAGGCUUGAGACAAAAUCACUCUUCGACAGGCGUGACCCGCUAACGCCAAACGAAUUUGUAGUUCCAUAGUUUAGAAAAUUGAUUUUGAUUCAAGCCCCACGUUAAUUUAAUAAAACGCCAUCUAACGGUACAAUAUGUCAUGA